AUGGUAUUAUUCCGAUUAGAUGGAUUGUACGUGGAGGCCGACAGAAUUGACCAGGAACUUCGUAUCCCUCCAUCAGUGAUUGAGCUGAUCUGGGAACGAAUCGGCAUGGUCGACUGGCAUCGGCAUGCACAGAUCGUGGUACCAAUGCAAUACUGCCGAAGCGGUGGCACCCUAUUCUCUGAUGAUCGGACUGGUCGAGAGCGACAUGCUGAUUCUGCGUUUCGCAGACAUGACUCGAAUAGCCUGCGAUCGUCGGACCACCAGCUUGGAGCGGGAAUGAGUCCGUUAGAUGACCAUUGCGCCCAAGCCUAUAUUCUCACCUGCUAG